CUAGCUUCCACCGCCACCAUCCCCAUCCCUCUGCUUUAUAAACAGACCAUCGUGCACCUCUGAACUUCCCCCUUUCCCCUUCUUCCCUCCCAAUUUCUCAGUUGUUAUUACCUGCUUUCAAUUUUGAUGGGGUUCUGUGUUGAGGAUUCAAUCUCAGGCUUGACAUUAGGCCAAGCAAUAUAUGAGGCUGCUCUAAUAAUUGCGGUUCUGAGAUGGGUGUUUUGCUGGGUUUCCAAGGUCAUCAAUGAUCGGAGGAGCCAGGCCUCGUCAGAAAACUCUUCAUCGUCAUCAUGGGUGUGCUGCCAGAUGAUAAGAGACAGUACUCUAACACUUAGGACCUUUGGCGAAAUGGUGGAGAGAGUGCCGGAAACACAGGAUACGUGUGCUGUGUGCUUGAACCAGCUGACAAUGGAGGAUGAGGUUCGAGAGCUCAUGAAUUGUGACCAUGUCUUUCACAGAGAGUGCAUAGACAGAUGGUUGGAUCAUGAUCACGACAAUCACAACCCCACCUGCCCACUCUGCAGAGCUCCUCUGCUUACUUCCUAUUCUUCAUCUGAUUCUGAAAGCUCCAGCUGUAUGCCACCCUCUCACCCUAGCUGGGCUGUGGAGAGGCUUCUCUAUCUCUUUGGGGACGAUCUGCCCCUUUGCUAAUAGCUGUAUUGCCCCCUCAUGGAUUUGUGCAGAAACAGUUAUAGGGCAUUCCUUAUUUCUACAUUUUUCAUCUUUGUGAAUGAGAUAGGUAGAUGCCAGGGCGGGUUUUUUGUAUAGACAUAUCUUCUAAAUUUUGACGACAUCUAGGCUAUGCAUUCUUUGAAUCUCUAUAAUUAUUUACAGGGCUCUCUGUAUUACUGGAAGGAAAACAAGCAUCCUUGUUGUAAUUUCUCUAAUUAUCCACUAUCUGUUUUAGAGCGAUUCAAGCUAUGCCCAAAUUCCAAUUGCUUUUUACCUUCUGCACAAGAGUUCUAUUUGAUGGGAAGGUAAAGGUGGUAAUCUUCCCAUCCGCUGAGCAAAAUUUAGUUGACAGCCUCCCAAAAUGAUCAGUGUGUAUUUUCUGUUACUUGAAUGUAAGAAAAAUCAAGAUGCGUUAUGGCUUU